GCUUGUGGCUCUAUCUCCUACUGCUUCCACUAUCCCACUUUCGAGUUUUCCAUAAACCUCUCUCUGCGUUUUAUCUCUGUGUGUGAUGAGUGUUGAAUAACUCCAGUAAAAGAGUUAAAGACAGCUAUAACACAACCCAGGAUCAAAGCCACAUGGGAAGAGCUAAUUUGACAACUCCAAACCUACUCCUGCUUGUAAACCUUUCAUGUUUUGUUGCAUUGGUUUUGUUUGCAACCUUUGGAUUAGCUGCUGCUGCUGCUACUACUCCUAGUCUUCAUCCUGAAGAAGUGAAGGCACUGAAAGCAAUAGGGAAGAGACUGGGGAAGAAGGAUUGGGAUUUUGGGGUAGAACCCUGCAGUGGAAAAGGGAAUUGGAUAGUACAGGGAGAUGAAGAGACUGGUUUUGCAAGCAAUGUGACCUGUAGUUGCUCUUUCAACAACUACAAGACCUGCCAUGUAGUAAGCAUAGUUUUAACUGCUUUGAAUAUAUCAGCAACUUUACCACCAGAGUUUUCCAAGUUCCGACACCUGAAACUGCUGGACUUAAGUCGCAACUACUUCACAGGUUCUAUUCCUCAAGAAUGGGCUACCAUGAAGUUGGAAGUGCUCUCUUUUAUGGGGAACCGGUUGUCUGGUCCAUUCCCAAAAGUUUUCACCUACAUCACCAGCCUCAGAAAUCUGUCUAUUGAAGGAAACAACUUUUCAGGACCCAUUCCUCCAGAUAUUGGAAAGUUGAUCAAUUUACAGAAAGUUAUUCUGUCAUCAAAUGCGUUCAAUGGAGAAUUGCCUCCAGAACUUGCCAAUUUGGUCAAUUUGACUGAUAUGAGGAUAAGUGACAAUAACUUUUCUGGAAAGAUUCCUGAUAUCAUCAGUAACUGGAAGCAGAUUCAAAAACUGCAGAUUCAGGGUUGCUCUCUUGAGGGGCCCAUACCUUCCAGCAUUUCUGCUUUGACUAGCUUAUCUGAUCUGAGGAUUAGUGACUUAAAAGGCAGAGGGUCUCCUUUCCCACCAUUGCAUAACAUGGACUCACUGAAGACAUUGAUACUAAGGAACUGCUUAAUAUAUGGAGAAAUUCCAGCAUAUAUUGGGGAUAUGAAGAAAUUGAAAACUCUGGAUAUCAGCUAUAAUAACUUGACUGGAGAAAUUCCUGGAUCAUUCUUCAAACUUACAAAAACAGAUUUCUUGUAUUUGACUGGAAAUCAGCUCACUGGGUCUGUGCCUGGGUGGAUACUAGAAAGAAAUAAAAAUGCGGAUAUAUCUCACAACAAUUUCACGUGGGAAACCUCAAGUCCAAUAGAAUGUCCUCGAGGGAGUGUGAACUUGGUUGAGAGCUACUCGACAUCAGCAACUAAAUUAAGUAGAGUUCCUGCAUGUCUAAAACAUAACUUCCCAUGUUCUGCUUCACCUGAUAAAUACUCCUUGCACAUUAACUGUGGGGGGAAGGAACUAAAUGUCAAUGGAAAUGCCAAAUAUGAAGCUGAUCGAGAACCAAGAGGUGCUUCAAUGUUUUACCUGGGGCAGCAUUGGGCAUUAAGCAGCACUGGAAACUUCAUGGAUAAUGAUAUUGACGCAGAUGACUAUAUUGUUACCAAUACUUCUGCUUUGUCCAAUGUCUCUGCAAUCCAUUCCGAACUCUACACAACGGCACGUGUUUCUCCCCUCUCUCUCACAUAUUAUGGACUCUGCCUAAUGAAUGGGAAUUACACUGUUAAUCUGCACUUUGCGGAGAUUAUUUUCAUAAAUGAUCGAUCAUUUUACAGCCUUGGGAAACGCAUAUUUGAUGUCUAUAUUCAGGAAGAAUUGGUGCUGAAAGAUUUUAAUAUUGAAGAUGAAGCUGGUGAUACUGGUAAGCACAUUGUAAAGAACUUCACAGCUGUUGUGACAAGACAUACAUUAAAAAUCCGCUUAUACUGGGCUGGAAGGGGGACAACAGGCAUACCAGCAAGGGGGAUGUAUGGUCCACUUAUUUCAGCUAUAUCAGUGGUUCCAAACUUUCAGCCCCCGACUGUUGAUGACGACAGGAAUGAUCUCAUAGUGGUGGUUGGGGCAGUAUCUGCAGCAAUACUUAUUGUCCUUAUGGUCUUAAGUGUCAUGUGGAGAAAAGGCUGGCUGGGAGGCAAAAUCUCUGCUGAAAAAGAGCUGAGAUGUCUGGAUCUGCAAACAGGAAUCUUCAGUCUAAGACAGAUUAAAGCUGCCACCAAGAACUUCAAUGCUGAAAACAAAAUUGGCGAGGGUGGCUUUGGUUGUGUGUAUAGGGGUCUAUUAUCAGAUGGAACGGUCAUUGCAGUGAAGCAACUCUCAUCAAAAUCAAAACAGGGAAAUCGUGAAUUUGUGAAUGAAAUAGGCAUGAUAUCUGCCCUGCAGCAUCCAAAUCUUGUGAAGCUCUAUGGAUGUUGUGUUGAAGGAAAUCAAUUAUUGCUAGUUUAUGAGUACAUGGAAAAUAAUUGUCUAUCCCGUGCUCUUUUUGGGAAGGAUGCAACACACAAACUGAAACUGGACUGGCCUACCAGGCAAAAAAUUUGCCUUGGUAUAGCCAGGGGUUUGGCCUACCUCCACGAAGAGUCUAGAAUAAAAAUUGUGCAUAGGGAUAUUAAAACAAGUAAUGUGUUGCUUGAUAAGAACCUCAAUGCAAAAAUUUCUGAUUUUGGUUUGGCAAAGCUAAAUGAAGAUGACAAAACCCACAUCAGCACUCGUAUAGCCGGGACUAUUGGUUAUAUGGCUCCUGAGUAUGCCAUGCGUGGCUACUUAACCAACAAAGCCGACAUCUAUAGCUUUGGUGUUGUUGCAUUGGAAAUUGUUAGUGGAAAGAGCAACACAAACUACAGGCCAAACGAGGACUUUGUUUACCUUCUUGACUGGGCCUAUGUUUUGAGAGAGCGGGGAAGUUUGUUGGAGUUGGUUGACCCAGCCUUGGGAUCAGAAUACUCAUCAGAGGAGGCAAUGGUGAUGCUCAAUGUGGCUCUCUUAUGCACCAAUGCAUCUCCCACCCUCAGGCCUACCAUGUCACAGGUUGUGAGCAUGCUCGAGGGUCGAACUGCUGUUCAAGACAUCCUCUCAGAUCCUGGGUUUUCAUCCAUUAAUUCGAAAUUCAAGGCCUUGGUUAAUCACUUCUGGCAAAAUCCAAGCCAAACAAUAAGCUUGUCAAGCAAUGGCCCAAAAACAAAUUCCUCAAGUUCUAACAUAGAAGAAGCAGAAGAUAAUAGCCAGCUUUUGAGAUUUAGUUCUGUUCAAUCUGAAGUGUGACUUGUGCUAUUGUUUUAGGUUUUUUUUUUAAUAUUAUAAUUUUGGGGUACCUGUGAGUAAGUCCAAGAAACGAGAAGGAAUUCGAACCUUGGACCUUAUCCUUCCUAAGGAGGGAUAACAAGUAUUGGGUCAAGCCUAGGUUGAGUUUUACUAUAGUUUUAUAGCAUCAUCUGUAUAUAGUAAUGGGAAAAUCCCUUGUUAAAUGUUUAUGAAGCAAUAAGAUUGUCCAGCAAUGUCCCACUUUCUGAUUCCUCA